AUGCCCUUCGCCCGGCGCUGUGGAGCCGACUUCCGGAUAACGUCCGCUUCGGAAAACCCCCAUUCGAAAGUAGACUAUUAUCAGGGCAUCUUCGCCUGCUUCCGUUCUUUUCUCGGGCCCGGCGGCCGGAUCGAUCGAGUCAUCCGCGAGAAGCCGGAUGAUGUCUGGAAGCCGGUCAGGUACGGCUCGCCCUUCGGCACCGGAGUGGAGGGUGUUCUCUACGUCGGCUACUUCCAAAGUCACCACCAGUUCGAGGACGUCUUCGACCGUCACGAUAUCAACAGGAUGCUCGGGAUCCCCGCCGCGAGGAGCCGGAUAGAGAGUCUUCAUCCGGAUGCGCUGACCAGAGGUCUCUUCGUGCACGUCAGGCGCGGAGACUACAAGAGCCCCGCCCACUCCGUGCACGACUUGGAUCUGCGCGCUUACUACGACAGGGCGUUAAAGGCGGCUACGGAGAGGCUACCGGUCGGAUUUCGGCUGUUCGUCAUCAGCGACGACAUCGAGCACUGCAAGAGAGGAGAGACCUUCCAAGCCUUCGACGACGCGGUUUUCGUCGAGGGCCUGAACGAGGUGGACACUCUGUACCUCAUGACGUUCUGCCGGCACGGUGGCAUCUGCGCCAACUCGACCUUCUCGUGGUUUGGUGCUUACUUGAACGAGAAUGAGGGCAAGCUCGUGGCCUUGCCUUCGCGCUGGUGGAAGCUGGAUAGCUGUUUAGAUGGGCUCUACUUCGAAGGCUCCUCCAAGAUCAGCAUCGAGCUUUAG